AUGACAAAAUCAUUAGGCGGCAUGCCGCUUGGUCUCAUCGUCUGCUUACUGUUCGUCGCUGCCAGCAUAACUUCCGCAGAAUAUUAUCAGAAAGAGUCCUACUCCGAGUAUGACUGCAACGAGCCUUUACUGGAGCACGCCGUCCUGUCGGCCACUUCCCAGCUGCGUGAACGAGGGCCAGAAAAUGCUCGAUUAAACGGUGGCUUCUCCUGGACCGCCCAGCAGUCUGACUUCGACCAGCAGUUCAUUAUCGAUCUGGGCGACGUACGCAACAUAACCCGCAUCGAAACGCAGGGCCGACCGCACAGCAACGAGUAUCUAACCGAGUACAGCAUCAGCUAUGGUUUCAACGGGCUCGACUACAUCGACUACCGGGAGCCGGGUGGCAACACCAAGCUAUUUAAGGGCAAUCGAGACGGUGAUUCCGUCCGUAUGAACUCGUUCGAGGUGCCCAUCAUCGCACAGUGGGUCCGUGUCAAUCCGACACGCUGGCAGAACCGCAUUUCCCUGCGUGCGGAACUGUACGGUUGUCGUUAUGAGUCGGAAAGCAUUUACUUCAACGGAACAGGGCUCGUGCGGUACGAUCUGCUGCGGGAUCCGAUUGCGGCAACACGUGAAUCGAUACGGUUCCGGUUCAAAACUGCCCACCCGAAUGGGGUGUUGCUGUAUUCGCGCGGUACCCAGGGCGAUUACUUUGCGCUCCAGAUAAAGGACAACCGGAUGGUGUUGAAUGUGGAUUUGGGAGCGAAGAUUAUGACUUCUCUGUCGGUGGGCAGUCUGCUGGACGAUAACAUCUGGCACGAUGUGGUAAUAUCGCGCAAUCGGCGUGAUAUCAUCUUCAGUGUCGAUCGGGUGAUCGUGCAGCGCCGCAUAAAGGGCGAGUUCGACAAGCUUAAUCUAAACCGUGAGUUUUAUAUCGGCGGUGUGCCCAACCUUCAGGAGGGACUUAUCAUUCAGCACAACUUUACCGGCUGUAUUGAGAAUCUGCAUUUCAAUGCAACGAACUUCAUCCGCGAGAUGAAAGAUGCGUUCUACGAUGGCGAACACUUGCGCUACAAGAUGACUCACGUCACUUACAACUGCCCCGAACCACCGAUCAAUCCGGUCACGUUCCUGACGCGUGGUUCCCACGCCAAACUGAAGGGAUACUACAGUUCGAAGCAGUUUAACGUUAGCUUCGCCUUCCGGACGUACGAGGAGAAGGGUUUGAUGCUGCACCAUGACUUCCUGCAGGGUUCCGUGCAGGUGUUCCUUGAGGAUGGUAAGGUGAAGGUGCGCCUAAAGGAGGACAACUAUGAGCACAACCCGGGCACGAUACUGGACAACUAUGAGGAACAGUUUAACGAUGGCAACUGGCACCAUAUGAUGCUGACGAUCAAGAAGAAUAGUCUUGUGCUGAGCAUCGAUGAUCGACCCAUGGAAACAACGAAGUUGCCGUAUGGCGAAAAUGAUUCGAAUAGUACGGACAGUGCCAGAUUGAUCGACAUUACGACGGGAACGCUAUACUACAUCGGAGGUGGAAAGACCAAGGACGGCUUCGUUGGCUGUAUGCGAUCGUUUGCAAUCGAUGGAAAUUACCGCAUCCCGACCGACUGGAAGGAGGAAGAGUACUGCUGCAAGGGCGAGAUUUUGUUCGAUGCAUGCCAUAUGGUGGAUCGGUGCAAUCCGAACCCGUGCAAACACAACGGCAUCUGUAAGCAAACGUCGAUGGAAUUUACGUGCGACUGUGCGGGAACUGGUUAUGCCGGAGCGGUUUGUCACACACCGAUGAAUGCCCUUUCCUGCCAGGCGUACAAGAACGUGCACGACGUGAAGCAGCGGCAGCGAAUCGAGAUCGAUGUAGACGGCAGUGGUCCGCUCGCUCCGUUCCCGGUGACGUGUGAGUUCCACUCGGACGGUCGCGUCGUGACGGUGCUAAGUCACAGCUCGGAGCAUACGACGCGUGUGGAUGGGUUCGCGGAACCUGGUUCAUUCGAGCAGAACAUCAUCUAUGAGGCGGAUCUGCCGCAAAUCGAAGCACUGCUGAACCGUUCGUCGGAGUGCUGGCAGACACUCACGUACGCGUGUCGCUCUUCGCGUCUGUUUAACUCACCGUCCGAGCCGGAUAACUUCCGGCCAUACGCGUGGUGGGUAUCGCGACACAACCAGCCGAUGGAUUAUUGGGCGGGAGGAUUGCCCGGGUCGCGCAAGUGUCAGUGUGGCGUGGUGGGUAACUGCAUCGAUCCCACCAAGUGGUGCAACUGCGACUCGAACAGUCUCGACUGGCAGGAAGAUGGGGGCGAUAUCCGCGAGAAGGAAUAUUUGCCCGUGCGAGGAUUGCGUUUCGGCGACACGGGUACACCGGUCGAUGAGAAGCUCGGACGGUACACGCUUGGACCGCUGCGCUGCGCGGGUGACAGUUUGUUCAAUAACGAGGUGACGUUCCGUAUUGCGGAUGCAACGAUCGAUCUGCCACCGUUCGAUAUGGGCCAUUCGGGCGACAUUUACUUCGAAUUUAAGACAACGAUCGAAAAUGCGGUAAUGCUGCACGCCCGCGGACCGACCGACUUUAUCCGGCUGGAUAUUGUGGCCGGCACGAAGCUGCUGUUUGAGUAUCAGGCCGGUACGGGCACGCAGAAGGUGUACGUGGAGAUGAGCAACAAGCUGAAUGACGAUCGGUGGCAUUCGGUGAGCGUGGAACGCAACCGAAAGGAGGCACGGCUCGUGGUGGAUGGUUCGACCAAAGCGGAAGUGCGAGAACCACCGGGUCCGGUGCGAGCACUGCAUCUCAACUCCACGCUGACAAUCGGUGCCAGGCUAGAUUAUCGUGAUGGGUAUGUCGGUUGUAUCAGAGCGUUGCUGUUGAACGGUGAUCCUGUGGAUUUGCGGUCGUACGCCGAACGGGGACUGUACGGUGUAUCGCCUGGAUGCGUCGGAAGGUGUGAAUCGAACCCGUGCCUCAAUAAUGGAACGUGUACCGAGCGUUACGAUGGAUUCUCGUGCGAUUGCCGCUGGAGUUCGUUCAAGGGACCGAUCUGUGCCGAUGAAAUCGGUGUUAAUAUGCGAUCAUCGUCGAUGAUUAAGUACGACUUCCAAGGUGCCUUCCGAUCGACCCUGUCCGAGCACAUCCGUGUCGGGUUCACCACCACCAAUCCGAAGGGCUUCCUGCUCGGUCUGUUCUCCAACAUCACACAAGAGUAUCUCACGCUCAUGGUGUCCAACUCGGGCCAUCUGAAGGUGGUGUUUGACUUUGGGUUCGAGCGACAAGAGUUGAUCUAUCCGGUGAAACAUUUCGGCCUGGGCCAGUACCACGAUGUGCGCUUUUCGCGUAAGAAUCAAGGUUCCACCGUAGUGCUGUCGGUGGACAAUUACGAACCGCAGGAGUACAAUUUCGACAUCAAGGGUUCGGCGGACGCACAGUUUAACAACGUGGAGUACAUGUACAUCGGGAAGAACGAAUCGAUGAAGGACGGCUUUGUGGGAUGUAUUUCGCGCGUCGAGUUCGACGAUAUCUAUCCGCUGAAGUUCCUGUUCCAGGAGAAUCCGCCCUCGAACGUCCGAUCGCUCGGCACACCGCUGACGGAAGAUUUUUGUGGCGUGGAGCCGGUGACGCAUCCUCCGCUCGAGAUCGAAACCCGACCACCGCCCCUGAUCGACGAGGAUAAGCUGCGCGAUGCGUAUGGGCCCGAUACGGCCAUCCUUGGAAGUGUGUUGGCCAUUAUUCUGCUGCUGAUUAUACUGAUGGCGAUACUGAUCGGACGAUACAUGAACCGACACAAGGGCGAAUAUCUGACCCAGGAGGACAAGGGUGCCGAGGCGGCACUCGAUCCAGACGAAGCGGUCGUACAGUCGACCACGGGCCACCAAGUUACGAAGCGAAAGGAGUUCUUCAUCUAG